UUUUUAGACAUUGUUGCGUAAAAUGCUUAUAGAUUUACCGAGUGUUGUUUUCUUUUGCACAAAAGUAAUAUUCUGUCAAAAAGUAUGCUAAUAUUAAGACGUGUUUGGAUGAAUAUCAAGAAUCCACGUUGACAGUAAAAAUCUAAAACAGUGACAGUGAUUCUAGCUGUGCACGAUCAUGGCUGACAAAGAAGGCGCUGCAGGUGCUGAAAGAAAGACAGAUGUUAUUUAUUUUUUUCGGGACAAGCAAUUACCAGUAGUCAAGGCAUGGCAGGAAAUGUUUGCCAAAUAUCCAGAAACAAUACAGAUUUCACAUGGUGACAUUUUCAAAAAAGCACCAGCAGCUGAUGCCAUAGUAUCACCAGCAAACAGUUUUGGGUUCAUGGAUGGUGGCAUUGACAUGACAUACAGUCUUCAUUUUGGUUGGCAAAUGCAAGAACGACUGCAGAAAGUAAUCAGGAAAGAAAAGGAUGGAGAGCUGCUUGUGGGUGAUGCAGUCAUUAUUCCUGCAUUUGGUGAAGCUGACUCUGAAGAGGAGACCAAGGAUUGGUCGCAGUACAAUGAAGGACAACCAAUCAAAUUCCUUAUUUCAGCUCCAACAAUGCGAAUACCUUGUGAUGUUUCACGUUCAAUAAAUGCCUAUCUUGCCUUCAGAGCUAUUAUUUUAGCAGUCAAGAAGCACAACAGCAAUUCUGACAAUGAACCGAUCAAAUCCAUUCUCUGUCCUGGACUUGGCACAGCUGUUGGAAGAAUGCCAGCUACCAGAUGUGCUUACCAGAUGCUGAAAGCUUAUGAAACAUUUGAAUUAGGCCUCCACACUAAUCGUCUUCAACCAUAUGAUUUAUACAAAAUGUAUAUUGACCAUGAAGAAAUGUGCGAGUUUCUGAGUGAAGAAGAAAUAGCCACUUGGGAAAAACAAGAUGACGAUGGUACAAGAACCCAACAUAAAGAAUGGAAAGAAGAAGGAUGAACAAAAAUUGAUUUAUCAUCAAUUAAGAAUUAAACUGCACAUUACUACGACUUUCAUGUUGUUAGAUGAACCGUAUAUUCAUUACUGCCAGUUUAUGUUGGGUUUUUCAGUUAUUUGUGAUUUCUUGAAUGUUUCGAUUGGAAAGAAAUCGGAGGAACACAUAGUAUUUUGAGGCCAACUUUAAAUCACUACAAGGGUAGAACUUUAUGCCUGUAUAAAAUACAGAGAUGUAAUGUGGAUUUGAAUGUUAGUACCAUAGGAUUGACUUUCAGUAACUUCUUAAUACUGUGGUGGAGUGUUUUGGUUACAGUCAGUAUUUGCUUUUAUUAUUUAUGUGUUCCCUUAAUUCUUUCCAUCAGCAUAUACAUAGAUUAUUACAUGCUAUAUACCGUAGCAUUUAUGCAGGGAACAUUUUGUUUUCAAAAUCGUGAUAAGCAAUAUUUCUAGUCAAUUGAAAAUUGAUUAGUAACUUGCCCCGAGUCAGACCACCAAUCUUAUCGGAGGCCGGACUCGGGGUAAGCGUGCUCGAAACCAUAGAGGUAUAUGAGCACGUUAAAAACAUAUCUAAGUUCUAAGAUUAGCAACUACUGCAGGUCUUCUAGAUUAUGGUAGCCCCACUCCCAUGGCUAGUCAUAUUCAAUGUUUGGCUUGUAAAUAACUACUAUUGCCAUGCCCAAUGGCUAGUGAAACAAAAGGGUCAAAUGUAGUAGUUAAGUCUAUUUUGUAAAUAUGAAUAUCCUGCCCCCACCCUAACCCCCAGUGUAGUGUUUUUAAGCUCUGUCUCCUUCUUUAGGUGACAUAUCUGAUUCUUACUAUUAUUUAGUAAAAUUGUAU